AUGCGAACCACAAAGCCAGACACGGUCCCUCAAGCGAGCAUCGACAUGACGACAGUUUUGGAGGUGAGCGAGGCGGACGGGGUGACCGGGCACGCUCACAGCCUCGCCAUCACCGCCCCGGAACGAGUCACCUUCGUCAAAGGCACAUGCAGAGAAGAAGCGAGGUGGUGGGCCGAUGUGCUCUCUGUCUACCCUAGGAGUAAGGGUCGGCAUAAGCGGAAUGCGACGUUUCCUGGUGGACAGACGGCUAGUCUGCUGCAGUCUUCAACAACGAGAAAAUACUCAGCAGACGCGUCGACGUUGCGCGACGUCGCUGACGGCUGCCCGGCGGGUAGGGCCCGGUACUGCGGCGGUGGCACCACCACAUGGCCAGGGCCCCGAGUGCAGCCUCCUCAGCCCGAGAUACCUAGUCUGGCUGCGCCCGCACCACUCGACACCAAAGGUGAUUGA